AUGAAAUGGUUUGAUAUGUGGAUGAUACUGCAUAAUGAUCCUGCUAAUAGAGGUGAUGAUGAUACAGGAUCAGAUAGAGGGUCUAGUGGUUCUUAUAAUAUUUUAAUUAUAAUAGCUAGUAUAAACCUACCACAGCAUGGAGGGAUACAAUGAGAACCAGUGACUAAUUAAUUAAUAUUUUAAUGCACUUUUCAUGUUAUUGAGUAUAUAAUGUCCAGUCUAACACUGUAUGUUUUGUUUUUAUAAUUUUUUUUCUUUUGAAUCUUUGUUUCCUAACAAAACAAACCUGUGUAGCUGUACCAGCAUUACCCCACACUGCUCAGUGACAGUUGGUAGAGAAAAUGGUUUUGCUGUAAUGAAAUUGUAGGAAUGUAAAGUUUACUAUAGUUACAAUAUUGUUGAUUUUCAAAAUGGGUUACAGUUUGUUCACAAUAUCAACACUUAAUACUUAUAGUUAAUUGUAGGCCUAAUACAAAAAUUCUGCAAGAAACCUUAGUUUUAUCUCAAAAAUUUUGAUAUCCUGUUUACAAUAUGUGCUCUUUAAAUUGCUUGCAUAUGUUAGUUAUGCUAUGAUACAGUGAUAGUGUAAUGAAUGUUGACAUUAUGACUAAUCACAGUUGUUCUUUACUGUUAUUGUUAUAAUUUAGUUAAACUGAAAUUCCUUUCCAAAAUUGUUUUCUAAACAUAGAGAUCUGCAAACUUGAGUGUAGAUCUAUGAGUCUGAGAUAUGAUGCUCUGGUUAUUUUUCUUAUCAUUGGUACUUUGUGUAUCAUGUCAAGAGUUUAGUUCACUUCCUCAUUCAACUACUGAUGCCAGUAUUGGUAUACAAGGGCCGGUUGUGAUGCCAUUGGAUCAUUCUUCUUCCUUUUCAUUAACCUGUACAUUGACAUUAGCUCCUGAAGUGAAUGAUACUAUGGCUGAAAUGCUCUGGAAAAGUCCUGAUCUCAUUCCCUUCAAUUCUACAACUGAUGGAGGCAUAAUUUUAGAUAGUUUAGAGCCUACAAUCAUAUCAGUUAAUGAUAGUGUUGUAUAUACACUUACUCUUAACUUCAGUUCAUUGCAAGCAUCACAAGUUGGAGAAUAUGUUUGUAGAGCUUUCUUGGAUGAUGGCAUUGAUAUUAUUACUAUAACAUCAAAUUAUUCUGUAUCUGUACUAGUACCUACCCCUGUGAUCACAACUAGCCUCAAUACAACAGGACUUAUUUUUGAGAGCAAUGACAUUCAGUUAUUGUGUAUCGUCACUAUUACUCCAUUGAAUGUUAAUCAAACUGUUAACAUUAGUUGGUUUGGACCUAACGGACUCAUUACAAUGAAUGAUGCUCAAUAUGACAUGAGCACUAGAAUGAUCAACUCAUCUAAUUAUGAAAGUAGCUUUACAUUUACUACAACUUUAUCAGAUAAUGGAACUGAUUACUAUUGCACUGCUAGUGUUGGACCUGCUUGUAAUGUGAAUGAACUAAUAGUACCAACUACUGCUAGGUCAACUAAUUCUACUGUUAUGGUUGAAAUUGUACCACUACCAAUGAUUUCUAUUGUUCAUAUUGGUAUUCCAGUAACAGGAGACCCAUUCCAGUUAGCAUGUACUGGAACUGCACCAGCUAAUGUAUCAAGUAUUGCUACUGUUAGUGUUCAAUGGGUUCUUGAUAGUACUGUGUUUACUAAUGAUACACUGGAAGGAGUCACUGUUACCAAUAGUGGGUCUAUGGCCACAUUAUCAUUCAGUUCUCUUAAUGCUUCUACUCAUGAAAGAGAUGAUUAUACUUGUGUAGCUACUCUUAGUAUUUCUGAUGUACCAGCAACUAAAACAGCUAGCACUACUCACAACCUCCUGACAUUAAUUAAUCCUAUUGUAUCCAUAUUCUCAAGUCACCCUGUUUUUGCUGGUCAAUUGUAUGUAUUAAGUUGCACUGUCACAUUUGUAGCUGGAGAUUUUGACCUCAAUAUAACCUGGCUUGAUGGCAAUGGAAAUAAACUGAAAGGACAAAACGGAAUAAGAUUUAAUUUAGUUACUGUUUCUAAUACUGUAAAAAAAUAUGAUUAUAUAUUUAAUUCACUUAGCUAUUCAGAUAUUGGAGUUUACACUUGCCAUGCUAUUCUUAAUGUCGGUAUAGAUAACAAUGACCUAUUAGAUGGAAAUAGAUCUGCAACUGUCAGCAUAAUAAUUCCUUUACCACAAGUUUCUGUUUACCCUGAUGGCAAUUCUCCUUUUAUUUGUGGAACUGUUAGAACUGUUAGAUGUUCUGUUGUUUUCACUCCUCCUUUACCUACUAAUCCUAAUGUCUCAUUUACAGUCUUCAAAGAUGGUAAUAAAGUGUCAUUUGAGAACAGUUCCAGAUUAAUAGCAGUUCAAACUGAAACUACUGGUACUCUUACCUUUCAUCCACUCAAUUUCUCUGAUGCUGGUAAUUAUACAUGUACUGCUACAGUGAGAGAUGGUGCUAAUAAUUCAUUAAUAAAGUCCAGCAGUGCUUCCGAUGAAUAUAUUGCUACUAUACAAGCCAUUCCUGUUCCUAAUAUCACAUUCACUACUACUACUGGUAGAUCACUGGGAGAGAUUUUAACCAUUAAUUGCACAGUUGACAUGCUAGAUGAACUAUACAAUAAUAAUGUUAUUAGCAGUAUAGUAAGAAAGGGAGAACUCAUUGCUAGUGCUACUGGAUCUGGUGAUACUACAGCAAUGAUUAUGAUUAAUUCAUUGAGGUCCUCUGAUGCUGGAGAGUAUCAGUGUAUUGUUAAUAUCACUCAACCUGAUAUAGACUAUGAAUUUAAUGGAAUGGAAACUACCCAAGUGAUAUUAACAUUGCCAACUCCUUCAGUUAUUGUUGAGUAUAAUGCUACUGGACAUUUAGUAGAUGGAGAACUAGCAGAAGGACAGUUUCUUGAUAUUAUGUGUAUAGCUGACAUCAGUCAAUAUAUUGAUAUUGAUAUUAGUGUUAGUUUUUCUAUGAUUUGGAGAAGAAAUAACACUAUACUGACCAAUGGAAGUGAUUUUACUAUCAGUCCUCCAGUUAUGACUAAUAAUCAGUACACUGGUGUGUUACGUAUUAAUAGUUUAAGAGAUGAACUUGAUAAUGGUGCUAGUUAUAAUUGUUCAGUUAGUGUGGCUCCUAAUACUCCUAACGUAAUAGCAGCGAAUAAUAAUAGCAAUGCAGUUACAUUAACUGUAUCAAGGUUUAAUUAUAAUCAUGUUAGUGUAACUCUAACUACUCUUUCUGUUCCUGUUGCUGGUGAUGUAUUCAAUUUAUCUUGUGUUAUAGCUGUGCCUCCUAAUUUUGUUGAAGAUCUUACUAGUGUCAGAUGGACUUAUGAUUUACAAGCAUCUCAAGAUGUGACCAGUGAAAACAAUGAUGCUACACUAGUACCUGUUGUUAGAAAUGGAAAUAUAUUCACCAGUGUACUUACACUUGAUCCAGUUAAGACAACUGAUGCUAGACGAUAUUACUGUCAAGCAGCAAUUUAUGCAUUUAGCUAUGUAGAUCGUACUGACAGAGACUUAAUUGUACAAAUAUCUCCUCCCAGUGUAUCAAUAGCUGCUGAUCCUCCAACUGAUCCAAUAUACGAAAGUACAGGAUAUUUUCUAACCUGUACAGCUACAGUAAACACUAUAAUAGUGGAUACACCAGUAACUGCUAGUGUAGUAUGGACUGAUCCUAGUGGUAAUGUAAUACCAACUAAUGAAGCAAGACGUCAAGUGAUACCUCCAACUGGUAACAGUCUUGUAAGCAUGCUAUUGUUUCUACCUAUUGAUACUGGUCAUAAUAAUGAUGGAGGAACAUAUACCUGUCAAAUGACCAUCAAUUCUGGUAACUCAUUAAUAGCAUCAAGUCAAGCUACUAAUACUACCCUUGAUGUUACAGUUGAAAGUCUUCCUCCAAUGACAGUAGAUUUCUCAUCAGUUGGUUCAGUCGAAGUUGGUCAGAGUCUAACUAUUACAUGUACCGUAACAACAGUUGAGAGAUUAGUAGUAACACCAAUGAUUACUUUCAUCAAAAUGAAUGAUACAGAUAUGGAAAUGCUCUCUAACUUAAAUAGACCAUACAGUAUCACAACAGAUGAUACUGGUUCAGUUACUAACUAUACUCUAAUACUGAAUCCAGUGAGAUUUGAAGAUGCUGGAAUGUAUACAUGUAUGGCUGAGUUUAAUGUAACUGGUUCUAAUAAUACCAAUGAUCCUAGCACUGCUACUUAUGAUUAUCAAGAGGAUAGUGAUACCUUAAAUUUGAUUGUUGACUUUCCACCAGUGAUUGUUACUAUAUCAAAGGAACGUGAUGAUACAUUAUAUGCAGGGACAUCAUUCUUCAUUAAAUGUGACAUAAUGUUAGAUCCUUUAGUUACUAUACCAGUGACUGUCACUAAUCAAUGGACACGUGAUGGUACUAAUGUUCCUAUGGGUUCAUCUGAUGCUACUAUUACUGAGGGUCUCAAUAUGAUCAAUACAUUACAUUAUAAUGCAACAUUAAUGUUCUAUCCAUUGGAUAAUGCUGAUGAUAGUGGAAUGUAUACUUGCAAUGUUGAAGUGACUGCUCCUAAUAGUUACACAUAUCUCAUGAAUACAUCAACUAAUGCUAAUUCUUCUAUUACAGUGAUGGCUACUCCAAGUCCAGUAGUAGAGAUAGUAACUAUGGGUAUCGCCGAACCUGGUGAAGAAUACAUGUUAAAUUGUACAGUGACAGUUGUUGAUAGACUCAUAGUCUCACCAGUAAUAACAUGGACUAAGAGAUCAGUUAACAAGGUUAUUAGUGUAUCUCCAGUUCUUAUGACUAUAUCUAAUGUAAAGAGUUCUCUUUAUUUGAACUUCUCUUCUCUCAAUACUUCUGAUGCUGGUCUGUAUACUUGUGAAGCAUCCAUUAAUGUUAGUCAAAUAUCCAUGGUAGCAAGGAAUAAUGACACAUCAAACUUACCAUUAGAAAUUCCCAUUCCAUCUGUUGAUGUAAGCCAGUCAAGGGAAAAUUAUUUAUUAGCUGGCAGUAACCUGGUACUAACAUGUGAUACCAGUGUUGAUCCUAACGUUGAUACAUCAUUCACUGUUAAUGUAGCCUGGAGCAUGACUGAUCAGCAAAUCAUGAGUAGUGGUGAUUUCAAAGAUGAGAGUGAUACUAAUUCAGUGAUACUCGCUGAUACAGAUCGUGUUAACAUCAGCUCUGUUAUGAUGAGAUCAGGUUUUAAUGAGUAUAGAUCAACUGUUAAUUUCAUCACAUUGAGCAGUAUUGAGGAUUCAGGAACAUAUACAUGUAUUGUUACUAUAGUACCAGCUCCAGCUUAUGAAUAUGUUAUGACUUCUGAUACUAAUAAUAUGAAUGUUAAGUUAACUGUUACUGAUCCAAUGAUUGGAAGUUUUUCUGCCUCCCCCAAUUCAUUUCUGGGUCUGGAGACGUCAUGUCCUGAUUCAGACCCAUAUGAUAACUUCACUCUUACCUGUAGAGCCACUAAACCAACCAUAGUAAUACCAAACCUGGUAAUAGCAUGGACACACAAUGGUACACUAGAAACUGGUACUGUGACUACUACUGGAAAGAGUAUGACUACCGCUGUUACAAAUACAUUGAGUUUUGACUCCAGUACUGCUUCUAAUUCUGGUACUUAUAAAUGUACUGCUAGUAUUACUAUACCUGAUUCAACUGAUAUCACUACUAGUGAGGAAAGCACUGUGACUAUAAGAUCUCAAAGCCUGCCUGUUCCUGCUACUAAUGUCAAGGUAACUCCAGGAACAACUACUGCUGCUAUAUCAUUCAUAAUACCUAACAUUGCCUAUACACCUGAAACCUACAGUGUUAAGUAUACUGGAGCAAUCUUACAAACAACACAAGCAACUUCUAUAAUAAGAAUGAGCUCCAGUAACAUCACUGCAAUUAAUGAAGAAUUUAUGAUCAUGUUGACUGGCCUUGAGGAAGAUAAUACUUAUGCAUAUACAGUUGAUUCUACGAAUUGUCUUGGUACUACUAGUACUGUAGAGAUGAGCUUCAGAACACUCCAAGCAUUACCAAAUGCUUUUCCAGUGGAUUGUGCUAACGUAACAUUCUUAUCAAGUAAUGUCACACUUGCCUGGACUGCACCAGCACUAGUAGGUCAUAAUGGAGCACCAGUUGGUUAUAAUUUAGCAUGCAUGAGUACUAAUGGUGUAACAGUCAAUGGAUUGAGGCCAACACAAUCUUCAACGAACACAAUGUUCACUAUUACUGAUGUUAUGCCUUUUACUGGUUACACUUGUGAUCUGUCAUUUAUUAAUGUAGUAGGACAAGGGCCUUCUACCCAGUGUACUUUUGAAACAGCACAAGAUAAACCAAGUGAUAGUCCUCAAAAUUUCACUUCAACUACUAAUAAAGCAGUAGUUACUCUUACAUGGACUAAGCCAGCUAUUCCUAAUGGAAUAAUUAUCAAAUACUCAUUGAACGUCAUCAACCAGAAUACUCUGAGAAGGCAUAACUAUACAAUACUUGUAGCUGUCAAUCAUACUACAAUGACACACUCAGUUGAUGGUUUCAGUCCAUAUCAGAAUUACACUGCUAGUGUUAGUGCUAGUACAAUCAUUGGAGCUGGACCAGUGGCUACUACUGCCGGAAGAACACUACCAGACAUUCCUAGCUCACCUCAUCUGGUUGUGUCUCCAGUUGUCAUUAAUAAUUUAACAGUAGCUUAUACUGUACCAGUCCUUGAUGAAACUACUAUUAAUAUAACAUGGAGUCUACCAUCUCAUCCUAAUGGAGAACUCACUGGAUUCAUUGUUAGAAUAGCUACUGAUGCUAUUAUUAGUCCCAAUAAUGUUCCAUUUGAACCUGGCAAAGCAGUACACACACUAAUAUUUAAAGGAUUAAAGGGAAUGAUACCUUAUUAUAUUUCAGUUGUAGCAGUCAAUCAAGUUGGUGAGGGGAACUUAGUAGCAACAUUAACUGCAAUUGUCUUCACUAAAGCUGACAGUAGUGUUACUGUAUCACCAUCAAAUGUACAAGCCAUGAGAGUAGGAGAUACAAUAGUGUUAUCAUGGGAUCCAGUGACACUAGAAGAAGCUAAAGGAUUCUUUGUAUACAGUAUCAGAUCAACUCCUGAUGAUGGUAGCACUAGCAGUACAUUAAGACAAACUAAUACAAGAACUAUAUCAGUAGCUUAUGAUACCACAUCAGUUAAUAUAACUGAUACUGAACCACAGUUAGCUUAUACUGUGAAUAUUAGUAUAUUGCUAUUGAGCAAUGCAGGAUUAAUUGAAGGACCAGUUGUAAGUGAGAUUGUACCAGUGCCUCCAUCAAACAGUACUACUAGUGCAGGUACCACUACUACUAGUACUGAUUCUACAUCAAGUGCACCAGUGAUAUCAGCAAUAGUUUCAGUUUUGCUUAUAAUAGUUGCUUUAGUGAUAAUUUUUGUUAGUGUAAUUUUUAUAAUAAUUUUUAGAAAAAAAUCAAAGAAAUAUAAUAUCAGCAGUAAAACUCAUGACAUUGAUGUAACACCUAAUGCAGGCUAUGGUAUGAUUAAUGUUGUCAAUACAACCACAGAAAAUGAAGAUGGAGUUUAUGAAACAAUGGGGACUAGUGAUCAACAUUAUGAACCAAUAGAAGCGCCUGCACCUCAUUCACUUGUUGCAAGAGCUUUAAGAAUUGCUGAAUCAAACUCUACUAACGCUCAAAACAAAGAAAAUGAUGAAAAUGUGUAUAUAUGAACUGACUGAUAUUGUUUCAAAAUAGCUACUCAUUAUGCACUAUUCUGUGGAGUGUGAUAAAAUUCUUUAUUUUAUAUGUAGAUGUAAUAAACAGACUGUCAUGCAUACACUUGUUAGUUUGAUCUAGAUAAGUAAAACAAACAUU